AUGUUGUUUGACACUGGUUCUGUGAAUGCCCAGAGGUACAGACAGGAGAUCCUAAAGCCCUAUGUGCGAAUUUUUAGGAGUGCUGUUUGUCUUGAGCUCAUUCUUAUGGACGACAAUGCACGAUCACAUAGACCCCGCGUGGUUGAUGACUAUAUGGAAAGCAAGGGUAUUCGCCGUAUGGAUUUGCCAGCCAAAUCUCCUGACCUUAAUCCUAUCAAACUUGCUUGGGAUGUUCCUGGGAAGGGCUAUUGCAAUACGCCAACUCUCACCCAGAACCAUUCAGGAGUUAAAAACUGUGGUGAAGGAGUGGGGUGUUGUGUUCCUUCCCCAGCCGCCAAAAUUUCCUCUCCGUGGAUUUCUGCAGUGCCCCCCACGGGCCCUCUUCCUACCGGGCACGUGGCUCCACCGCCCUUGCCUCCACCUGAUCUCAAUGGUUCCGAAGACAGUGAUUCAAAAGAUUCGAGUGGAGGAGGCAAGAAUGACCUAUCUUCUUCCGAUGCUGAAGGUGUCUGGAGUCCAGAUAUUGAGCAGAGUUUCCAGGAAGCCCUGGCCAUUUAUCCGCCUUGUGGAAGGCGGAAAAUCAUUUUAUCCGAUGAGGGAAAGAUGUAUGGACGAAAUGAGUUAAUUGCACGAUAUAUAAAAUUAAGAACAGGAAAAACACGUACACGCAAACAAGUAUCUAGUCAUAUUCAAGUACUUGCUAGAAGGAAAGCUCGUGAGAUACAAACCAAAUUGAAGGACCAAGCUGCAAAGGAGAAGGCCCUCCAGUCACUUACGUCCCUUUCAUCCGCCCAGAUCGUGUCUGCCACUGCCAUGCACAACAAGGCUGCAGCUGCUGGACUUGCAUCACUUGUGCCACCUGUCAACUAUCCUGGGACACCAUUUUGGCAGCCAGGUAUUACCCAGCCUGGGACAUCUGAAGAUAUUAAGCCAUUUGUUAGUCAGCCAUAUGGAAUAGGACAUAAGCCACCUGUCACAGUUCCAGUUUCUGGUGUAGAUUUGUUAAGCACACCAUCUAUACCCCCCUGGGAAGGAAGGGCCAUUGCAACUCAUAAAUUAAGACUUGUUGAAUUGUCUGCAUUUAUGGAACAGCAACGUGACCCUGAAAAUUAUCACAAACACUUAUUUGUACAUAUAGGAGGUUUACCUAGUUAUACAGAUCCUUUACUGGAGGCUGUAGAUAUUAGGCAAAUAUAUGACAAAUUUCCAGAAAAGAAAGGAGGACUAAAAGAACUCUAUGACAAAGGGCCACAAAAUGCUUUCUUUCUAAUUAAAUUCUGGGCUGAUUUGAACACUAAUAUUCAGGAUGAGGCAGGAGCAUUUUAUGGAGUAACAAGCCAGUAUGAAAGUAAUGACAAUAUGACUAUUACAUGCUCUACUAAAGUUUGUUCCUUUGGGAAGCAAGUUGUAGAGAAAGUUGAGACAGAGUAUGCACGUUUUGAAAAUGGAAGGUUUGUGUACAGAAUUCAUAGAUCACCUAUGUGUGAAUAUAUGAUUAAUUUCAUUCACAAACUAAAACAUUUGCCAGAAAAGUAUAUGAUGAACAGUGUUUUAGAAAAUUUUACAAUUCUUCAGGUAGUGACAAAUAGAGAUACACAAGAGACUUUGCUAUGUAUUGCUUAUGUAUUUGAAGUUUCAACAAGUGAACACGGAGCUCAGCAUCACAUUUAUCGACUCGUAAAAGACUGAAAUUCAGUAUUUUGUUUCGUCCAUUCAUCAUCCUUGACAUUUCCCUCGAGUGCCUAUUUUAAUGGCUAGCAGCCUUGUAUAUAGAGAUCAUCUGCAUCAGUGACAGUGGUUGGAUUGCAAAAAGAACUUAAUGUUCCAACCUCUUUAUAUCAACAUAGUGACUUUAUUUUUACAUGUUUAGAAGCAGGAUCUAUGUUUUUACGUGUUAAAUGACAAUUUCAAUUCAUAAACCUAAUCAGGGCAGCUGCAUUUUUAGCUGUAUGUAGAUUUGUGAGUCACUCAUUUUGACUAUGUACAUAUUUUUAUAUUAGAUUUUUUUACUCCCUUGUUCGACUUUUUAGCUGCUUUGUUUUGCCCAGUAAGCUCUAAGGAUUUUUCUUACGAUUAUUUUGAAUUUAAUUUUUGGCAGCUAUAUAUAUAAAAAAGAACUUAAUCUGGAAAGCUAUCCUUUUUUAAUUAACAGAAGUCUUUCCAUUUCUUAAACUAGGUAAUGCAGUUUUUGGAGAAAAUGAAAAACACUCAACAAGAGGUACUAGCCAGGAAUUACUUCUUGUUAAGGCUUUGUUUAAAAAGUAUUUUAACAAAUAUUUCCAAUACUGAAAUUUCUUUCGGUUUUAAAAUUAUGUUGAUUCAUUAAGAGAAAUUUUUAAAAUUAAAUGUUUUAAUUGACUAAUUAUAUAUUUUGGAAAUAACUUUGUUUAGAAGUUUUGUGCCAGAUUUAUACAAAAAUUGUAAUAAAUAUACAUUAUCAAUUUGUACAAAUUAAAAAGUGAUAAAAUUUUAUUCUCCAGCUAUUUUUGCCAAAUUGCUGUAAUGAUUGCCUUCAUAUAUGAUCAUUUUUUGAAAUAACAUUCACAUUAAAGGUAACUUUGACCAAAGAGAAGUUGGUUUGAAAUUUGUAUGUAAAUCAUUAUUAAAUUAUUGUGUAUCUUGACAUUUAUUAAAAAAAAAUUCGUAUGUUGGUGAAAAUGAAUAAAGUUUUGAUUUCUUCAAAUUACAUGUAAUGUAAAACAAAAGCUGUGGAUUAUUUGAGAUCAAAGAGAUUUGUUUUGAGCAAAGAAAAUAAAUUAAUGAAAAAUCUUGUUAUAGGGCUAAAAAUGUCUUUCAUUCCUAUUCUUAAUUAUUUAUUAUAUUCUACUUUUAUUUUGGCAGUAAUUAUGGUUGUAUUAUACUAUUAAUGUGUAAAGUGCCUUCUUAAAACAUUUAAAUGCAUUUAUUAUCAUUAUAUUCAAAUUACCAUAUGUAUCAAUAUUGGAAUAUGUAUUACUGUAUUUAUUGAUCAUAUAUGCUGAGCGGUAUCAACAGUCCUAUAAAUCCUCUACUAAAUUUCUUUCUUUUCAGCAUUAAAUUAAUUUUGUGUGAUUGAAGUUUUUAUUCCUAUCAGUUGCUUUUAAUAAAUAAUGGGGACCUUGCAAGAAUAUUAACAAGCAUUUCCAUUUUAAAAGUAUCUAAUUGGGCUAUAAUGCACAGACUAUCUGCUUUUAACAUCUUGCAUGUUUGUUUGGUAAUAGAUAUGCAAAGGGAUUUUUAAGUAGGGCUUCCAAUCCUAAGUAUUUUCUCUUUGGAAAUAGUAAAUAAUUUUUCAUUAUAUUUAAUUACUUGACUGUUAAAGUUAUACUCUGGCUAUGCAUUUUAGCGGUUUGAUAAAGUUUACAAAAGUAAACCUUAAAAGUUAAACCCAUUAAUAUAUAAAAAUUAGGGGACUGUAAAAAAAAAAGGAGUAAAUACAUAAUAAACAUAAAUUUUUAGGAAUAUGAUGUGUAUAUAACAUGAAUUUUUAAUGCAUUUUAUAUCAUUUGGUUAAAUGUUAUUAAUUACCAUAAAUUAUAAAUUAUCUGAAGUAUUAUAUUAAUAUUAAUUUGAUCACAAUACAUGUUAUUUUUGUUAUUUAUUCCAUUUUGCCGUUUUGGAAUUUUUCUAUUAUCUAAAUCAUUAUAUGACAAAAGUGGUUGUAAACUUUUAGUAGUGCCGUAAAGUGGUUGUUAUUGGGCUGAAUAGACAGAGUAAUUUGACUUUCAAAAAAUUUUUACAGCAAAAUUUGUUAAAUUUUUCUCAGUCAGUUAGGUCUCCGUAAACUUUUGGUAAUAUGUACAGGACAUAUAUUUAUAAAUAUUUUUGUUAUUUAAUGCAAGCUAUGUUCUUUUGGUGGAAAUUAAAAAUAUGAUCAAAUUUUGAAAUACUUAUUACCUAUGUCACUAAAAUUAGAGUCUAAAAACAGUCUUUUUAAGUGGCCAUAGUCGGUUAAAUCCCUGGUGAAUUGGAAGCCCUAAAUAGAAAACAUUAAUUCGUGAGGAAAAAAUCAUUUGUACAUUAUGUGAAUUUGUUAUACUUUUUGUACCUCAUGUUUGUUAAGGCUCUGCUGUGUAUUAUUUUUGUUUUAUACAAAAGUAAAAGAUUGAAAACAUCUUGAAUAUCGCUAGAAAAUUAUAUUUUGUGUUGUAAUGUGUCAAAUAAUAAUGUCUUUUUAAUAAUAAAAAAAGAUUAAAUGUGUUUAUUUUGCUGUUAUACUUUUGUUAUAUGUGCGAAUUGCAUUUCAGUUAUUUCUCAUGAAAUGUUCAAAACAUGUAGCUGGAAUCCAUUUUUAUAGAAUUUGUAAGUUUAAAGGCACAACUUACCUUAAAAUUCGCAAAUUUAUUCUAUAGCAAGUUUUUUCAUAAAAUUUGUAUUUGAAUGUAUUAAAAAUAACUUUAGCCAAAUUACAUUAAAAUGUCGUUUCAUUUAAAAAAAUUUUUUUAAAGAAAUAUGGAGGAAAAAGAACAAUACAUAAUAGGACCGAAAAAACUCUAAAAGUAGCUGUUUUUUUUAAUAUAUUCAUUUAAGUCAGUAUUCAUUUAAGUAAAAUUGGUACUUAUUAUACAACUGUAUAUAUAAUAAUCAUUUAAUUGUACUGUAUAUUAUAUUUUAUUAAACUUAUUAUGCAGUUAUGGAAAGGAUCUUUAUUUAAUUUUUAUUGAAAGAGGCAAAUUAUAAAAAUACAUGAAAUACAUUAGAAUUUUUUUUUAACUGAACCAAGUAUUUUCACAGUCAAUUAAAACAUUUCUUUUUUUGGGGGGUCUAAUUUUUAUAUAUCUGGAAUUUGUAAUGGAAGCUUGUGUAAUUUUUUAGGAAUUUUUAAAUUUUAUUCUAGGUAUAAGAAAUUUGGUCUUAUAAAUCUAUUAGUUGUGUGCCUGAGUAAUUUCAUAUAAAUUUUCAUUUAUUAUAUGAACUUCUGACUGGCAUGUGUCUGUCAUAAUUAAAUACAAUAGUUUUUGUCAGUUUCUCCUAAUUUUUUGUUUUUAAAAUUUAAAACCUAUUUAAUUAGUAUUUUUAAAAUUUUUGUUCUGAGCAUUUUCUUAGGGCCAAAUCUCAUAUGACUCAUAAUGAACUUCUUAUGUAAUUAAAAAUUUUUACCUUCUUGCAAGUCCUUUGAUAUUAUAUUUGAAAAUAAUUUUAAAUAAGGUAUUCUGAUAAUUUUAUAAAAAUUUACUAAGAGUUGUGGCUGAAUAGUCAGAGAUAAUUUGACUUUUUCAUAUGAUGCCAUAACUGAUUUUGCUUAAAACAUUAUUUUGAAAUGUUUCUAAAUCAGACAGGUGUCUGUAUAAUAUAGAUAAAAAUAAUAGGCUAAUAAAUACUUUGGUUAUAUAUUCAGUACAUGCAUUUAUAAAUAUCUUGUUAUUUAAUGCAAGAUAUGUUCUUUGGGUGCAGAUUAAAAAUAUGAUCAAAUUUUAAAAUCCUCAUGACCAAUGUAAAAUGUUUGUUUUGUUAUUGUCUGUUAGAAUAUGUUUAAUUUUUUCCAGCUAGUCUGUUGAAAUAAUAAAAUACCUGUAUUUUUAAUAACUAUUCCUAGAACUUGUUAGAAUUUAAACUGCACCCAAAUUUUUGAACUGGAAUGUUGAGGAAUAAAGUUGUGUACAAACAUUUUCACAUCAUCAACUACAAAAAUAAAAUUCAUACAUCUUGCUAUUUUC